AUGAGCUUCAUCACCAAGCGCGGUCUCUCGACCCUCAUCCCCCCCAAGAUUGCCUCUCCCAAUGCCAUCGGCUCUUCCCCCAAUGCCGUCCGCAUGCAAAAGGUCGUCAACUUCUACGAGAAGCUGCCCCGUGGCCCAGCUCCCGAGCCUGAGGCCAAGGGUCUUCUCGGACGCUACGCGAAGAAGCACAUGGGCAAGAACCCAUCCGGAAGGCCGCUCGUCCACGUCAUUGGCUUCCUGAUUGCGCUCGGCUACGCCCAGAACUACUACUUCCAUCUCCGCCACCACAAGAACAACGAGCACUAA